UUAUCCUUGGUACUAUCUUCUGUCAAUGAAAGAAGUUUGCAGAUCCUUAAGAUUUACAGUGGAUGAUGAUUUAUUGCUAUGGCUUGAUAUUGAGAUCAAAUCGCCUCUGAACCGGCGCAUUAACAACGAUAUCUUGCUCGAUAUAACUUCGAAAGCGCAAGGGAGAUUGAGAAGUUUAGCUCUGAUUAAUUGUGUUGGAAUCACAGAUGAUGGACUUCAAAGAGUCAUUCAGGACAAUCUUCUUAUCAACAAGCUAUGUGUACCAGCAUGCACAAGAUUGACACCUGAUGGCAUUGUGAGGAUAGUCAAGAAGUUAACAGAUGGAACUAACGAGCAUAAUUUGAGGUACUUGAGACUUUGCUGUAUCCCCAACUUAACAAAGUAACACCUCCAAGUUCUCAACUCAUGUUUGCUGCAACAUAAGAGCGCCACCAGCAGCGAUCAACUGCAUAUAUAUUACACACUAAUUGAUUACAACAAACAACACACACAAUCGAACGAUGAGGUUGAAGCUAAUGAUAAUCAUAUUGAUGUAGAAAUCUGCCCCAAAUGCGAGAAUGUGCGCUUAGUGUUUGACUGUCCAAAAGAGAGCUGUGUGAAGAAGAAAAAUGAGAACCCACUGAGGGAAUGUAGAGGAUGUUGUAUUUGCAUUCCAAGGUGUGAAAGUUGCGGUGAGUGUACUGACCAGGCAGAGGAUGAGGUUCAAGAAACUGUUUGCUCUGAUGUUUUGUGUUUGAAUUGUUGGCUUAAUCUACCUAAAUGCAAUCUUUGUAAUAAGCCGUACUGUCCGAGACAUGCUGAUAUCUAUGGCGCAACAGUCACGGCCUUCACCGGCUUUAUUUGUGAUGUAUGUAUGUUUGAAUAUCAAGAAAUCUAAUACAGUAUUUAAGUUCUA